CGGGCCUGGGCGGAGCGAUGGGAGCCAUCCUAGAGUUUGUGGUUGUAGAAGGCGUGAUGGAGAGACUGUUCCUCUGGAGUCUGAGACGACACUUCACUGACGAUAUGAAACUGGAACAACUGAGGAUGUACCAGAUGUUGCUGUCUCAGGCCAGACAGCCUCUCCUGCACCACAAACCUGUUCUACGACCCUUAAUGAUGCUGUUAUCUUCCUGUGCUGGAGCUGGGAGUGGAGGAGGAGGAGGAGGAGGAGGAGGAGGAGGGUCAGUGGAAGCAGAGUUGGUUCUCCUGCUCAACCAGCUGUGUGGUGCGCUGGCUAAGGACCCCUCAGUGUUAGAGUUAUUCUUCCACACCAGUGAGGACCAGGGGGCAGCCAACUUCCUGCUCUUCUCCCUGCUGAUCCCCUUCACGCAUCAGGAAGGCAGCGUAGGACUGCAGGCCCGGGACGCUCUGCUGCUCAUCAUGCAGCUGUCGACCUACAACCCCAGAGUCGCUACACACAUCACAGACAACACGUACUUCUGUCCUGUACUGGCUACAGGUCUGAGUGGUUUGUAUUCGUCUCUACCUGCGAAGCUACAGGUGUACAGUGAAGACUGGCACUGUCUGGAGAGAGCUGACUGGGUACAGGUUCCGGCUUUGGUCCAGUUUCUAAACUCUCUGCAGUUCUGCUGCUCUGUCAUUAAGGUUGGACAUCCCUCGAUCAGAGGUCAGUUGUUGGGAUAUAUCUACAAUGGCUUCCUGGUUCCUGUACUGGCUCCAGCUCUGCACAAGUGUACACUAGAAGAGGUGAUGACCACUACAGCGUAUCUGGACCUCUUCCUCCGCUCGGUGUCAGAGCCUGCACUCCUCCAGACCUUCCUCUCCUUCAUACUGCUACACACACACGACAACGUCCAGCUCCUAGACACACUGGUGUCCAGAGUUAAUACACCUUUCCAGUUAGGUACAGUGUCUCUGGCUUUGUUCCGAACUCUCAUUGGUCUGUUCUGUGAAGACGUCAUGCUUCAGCUCAUACUCAGGUAUCUGAUCCCAUGUACACACCUGUGUGUGAGAGAACGACGCUCUCUCAAGGACAGAGACGCCUACUCUUCAUCAGCUGUUAAAUUCCUCUUCCUCACUCCCUCCUGGUGCCCCCUGCGCCUCGGAGCCGUACACACUCACACCCAACACAUCCACUGGGCUGGGGGGAAUGACGUUCCCAUGUCAGAGGGUGACAGUGUUGGUUACUCCAGGAUCUGCAGGACAGACCUCCUGAUGAAUGUCAACUAUCUCCAGUACCUCUGGGAUGCUAGAGUUGGGAUCGCUGCAUCGCUCCAGGCCUGUCUGGUCUGGUCUGGUCCCUAUGACGGGGAGAAGCCUGCAGCCCGAGAGGAGGAAGACGGGGAAGAAGAGAGAGAGCAAGAGUUAGAGGUGGAGAAGAUGAAUCAAACCUUUAACUGGACUUCAUCUCCCAGCCCUCCCGUCACCUCCCCCCCUGUAACCAUGGGAAACCAACAUAGAGGGGGAGACGGAGGGAGGGGGAGUGUGGUCGAGUUGGAGUGGGAUGAUAGUUAUGAGUGGGAUGAUAGUGCCCUCCCCUCCUCCUCCUCCCUCCCGCUCACCCCCCCAGUACAUAUCGAAACCCCUCAGCAUAUUCAGGAGAUGAGACGUUCGGCCAUUAUGUUGAUCCAAGGCUCCUACGUAGAGGAGUCGGACUUUCAGGACGAUGUGUUGGUCUAUAACCUCAUAGCACAGAAAGACGAGGUGGAAUACAAACCUGACCGCAGGACUACUCCACAAACCAGGAAACCAGUUGUUAGUCAAACAACCUCGCUUGUUCACAGACAUGGAACGCAUAGACGAGAGAAGGUGGGGGUGAUCGUGGAAGAGGGGGUG